AUGUCAGAAAACAUAGGAUCUGAAAAACGAAUUUAUAGUGGAAAUAAGGAGGGUUUUGUGCAAAAUGCACAACCUUAUCCAUCCACGGGCAGUUUCCUGUGGGAAACACGCCACUCGGGCGCUCCGCCUCUCGGCCACGCCACCGAGUAUUCGGCUCGCGCAGGCGUCGUUGUGCCGGUCGCCUGGCGGCCUUCCACCGGGCCGCGGGCGCGGAGGCCGCGCAGGGCCGCCGGUGCUGGGCUCGACCGCCUCCAUGGAGACCAGAAGCGGCCGGGCUGGCCUCUGGCCGUCGGCGCGAGGCCGCAGCGAGGCGCGGGGCUGCCGCCGUGGGGGCUGGAGAAGCCGCAGCGAGGGGUGCUCGGUUGUGGGCGCAGGAGCCGUCAGCCGCGGGGCAACUGGUCCGGGCUGUCCGGCCUCGGGGCUGCGGAGGCAGCCGGCCGCCGGAUGCGAGGCGCGAGCACAAGGGCCGCGCACGUGUCCCAACCGGAGCCGCUGCGUGCGGAUAUCGCCACCGCCUGCCGUGGGCUCGUCGGGUGCAGGGCCCCAGGCCACUUGAGCGCAGAGGCCGCCGGGAGCCGGGCCCUGGCCGCUGGCUGCACAGGAGCGCCAGCCCGUGCGAGGCCGCGCGAGUGCCGCGUGCGCGCAGGGACGUUGAAGGGCGCAUCCCUCAUCCUCGUCGAAGAAAAACCCAUGACAGUGAACCCGAUGGGAGCAAGAAGAAUGGAAUCGACGAUUGUGAAGAUGAUUCACGGUGCAUCAAUUUCGGAAGACAAGAAGCCGGAUGAAGAUCUUCUCCGCUGGAAAGAAAAAACAUGA